AUGGCGUUCAAUCCUCUCCUCCUCCACCCAACACCGCCGCCAGAGAUCCCUCAUCAGGAUCCAGAUCCCGCCAAAUCCGGUGCGGUCACCGCCCGGACGCGCCGCCGCCAGCAGCCCCCCUCCGUCCUCUUCCACAGCGCCAUCGGCUCCACCGCGCCGCGACUGCCAGGAGCAACUGCGCCAUCACUCUCCAGCAGCAGUUCAACAACAACAACAACAACAACAAAAAGCAGAUGCCGGAGUCGGGCGGGCGGCGGACCAGCUCAUCAUGUCAACGCCCACAAAGCGCUUGUCGUCGGCGACUUCUCGACCUCGUGCCCUCUCCAACCUCCCCAAAGCCCCUCUCCAUCACCCAGACCUCUCCCCCGCCCGAUGCCACGGCUCUACGCUCCGGUCGCCGUAGCAAGGCGCCCCGCUGGGCCUACAGCGACGGCUGCCGCGGAAGCCUUACCCCAACUGCGAGGCCACUCCCCUGCGACCAUGUUCGAGGUCGCCUUCCAGGCCGUCGAGCUCUGGCGAUCGCCGACCGCGCCGUCCUGCCCUUGCAGAACUCCCUCGGCGGCAGCAUCCAUCGCAACUACGACCUCCUCCUUCCGCCCCGCCUUCACAUCUGUUGGGCCCUCGCCCAAUGCGAGCACACGUCUAACGCCUCGGCCUGCAACGUUUGCCCGGGAGCCCUUCCGACGACACAGCCCGCGGCGCCGAGUCGUCUUCCCGUCAACGCGGGCUGCGGGACACCCGCUGCGAUUGCGUCCGCAAGAGCCGCGAGCUCUAUGGGCUCCAGAUCAUGGCGGAUGGGAUUCAGGACGACUCCGUAAACGUGACGAGGUUCGUGAUGCUGGCCGCGAGCCGAUCAUCCCUCGGACCGAUCGGCCCUUCAAGACGAGCAUCGUGUUCGCGCACGACCGCGAGGGGACGUCGCUGCUGUUCAAGGUUCUGUCCGCGUUCGCGUUCAGGGAUAUAUCGCUGACGAAGAUAGAGAGCAGGCCGCACCGGAACAGGCCGAUCAGGUUGGUUGACGAUGCGAACAUCGGGACGGCCAAGCAUUUCGAGUACAUGUUCUACUUGGAUUUCGAGGCGUCGAUGGCGGAGCAGCGGGCGCAGAAUGCGCUGGCGGAGAUUCAAGAGUUUACUUCCUUUUUGAGGGUGCUGGGGAGCUAUCCCAUGGAUAUGACUCCUUGGAAUGGUUCUUCUUCUUCUUCUUCUUCUUCUUCUUCUCCGCCGCCCUCCUCCUCGUCGUCGUCGUCGAGUGGAGAUUGAUGAUGACGGUGGGCUGUGAAAAUUAAUAAAUCCUCAAUUGUUGUAGUAGUUGCUGUUGUAGUUAGAUGGAGUAUUAUGAUGUUUGUUUUGUCGAAAGACGGAUGAUUGUGCUGGCUGUGUUUGUUAAUAUGCCUCCAGUCCAUUACCGCUGUUCUUUAAUUUUUUUUUUUUAGCUCGAAUUGGGUUGUGGACCAAUUGCGAUUGGGAUUGUAAAUCUGUUACAAAGUGAAGUAGUAUUCACCGUC